CAAACAGUAAAUUGUCGUGGACCGGCAUUGAGAAUUGGGCGUACGUGAGAUUGCGGAAAUCGUUCAUUUUCCCUUGAAAUUUUACGGAGAAGAGAUGGCUGCGACGUUCCUAACUGACGAUCCGGCCUGGCAGGCCUUGCAGAAGUACCACGAUGAAAACGGAAAGUCGUUGAAUAUUCUGGAGAUGUUCAAAUCGGACCCUGAUCGGUUCAAGAAAUUCAGCUUAUCUGUUCCCCUUGGUGAUGGAAAUGGCGAUAUUCUUCUGGAUUUCUCCAAAAAUCUCAUCAACGAAGAAGUCUUCAAGUUGCUCAUCGAUCUUGCAAAAUCCCGGAAUCUUGAGGCUGCUCGGGAGCGCAUGUUUACCGGGGAGAAGAUCAACAUCACCGAGGAUCGCGCCGUGCUUCACAUCGCGCUGCGUAACCGCUCCAAUAGACCCAUCGUGGUGGGUGGACAGGACGUCGUGCCGGAAGUGAACAAGGUCCUCGGACACAUGAGGACAUUCUCUGAGGCGGUGCGCAGUGGCGAAUGGAAGGGCUACACAGGCAAAGCUAUCACCGAUGUGGUCAAUAUCGGGAUUGGUGGAUCAGACCUGGGCCCUGUCAUGGUAACUGAGGCCUUGAAGCCUUGUGGGAACCUGAACGUGCAUUUUGUGUCCAACAUUGACGGCACCCACUUGGCCGUGACGCUGAAGAAGCUGAACCCAGAGACGUCACUCUUCGUUAUUGCUUCCAAGACAUUUACCACACAAGAGACGAUUACCAACGCGACAUCUGCCAAGAAUUGGUUCCUAGCGACAGCCAAGGAUGCAGCUCACGUUGCCAAACACUUCGUUGCUCUGUCGACCAAUGCCGCAAAGGUUACAGAGUUUGGCAUCGACAAGGAAAACAUGUUUCCCUUUUGGGAUUGGGUAGGGGGCCGCUACUCCCUCUGGUCUGCCAUCGGCCUCUCCAUCGCCCUGUACAUUGGCAUGGACAACUUUGAGGCCCUGCUGUCUGGUGCCCACUUCAUGGACAACCAUUUCUACCAGACCCCCCUGGAAAAGAAUCUGCCAGUGGUGCUGGCCGUGCUGGGAGUCUGGUACCACAACUUCUACAAGGCCGAGACCCAUGCUCUGCUGCCGUACGACCAGUACAUGCAUCGCUUCGCCGCCUACUUCCAACAAGGUGACAUGGAGUCCAACGGGAAAUACGUCACGGCCACCACCGGUCGCCGUGUGGAAUACACUACAGGACCCAUAGUGUGGGGAGAACCGGGUACCAACGGCCAGCAUGCAUUCUACCAACUCAUUCACCAAGGAACCCGCAUCGUUCCUGCCGACUUCUUGGCUCCCGUUGUAACCCAUAACCCUAUCGCGGAUGGACUCCAUCAUGAGAUUUUGCUGGCCAAUUUCUUAGCUCAGACCGAAGCGCUGAUGAAAGGGAAGACAGCCGCGGAGGCCGAGGCCGAGCUGAAGGGCUCCAACAUGCCGGAGGCCACCAUGAAACGCAUCCUGCCGCACAAGGUGUUUGAAGGGAAUCGUCCUACCAACUCCAUCCUCUUCCAGAAGACCAGUCCCUUCACCCUGGGGGCUCUGAUCGCGAUGUAUGAACACAAGAUCUUCACCCAGGGCAUCAUCUGGGACAUUAACUCCUUUGAUCAGUGGGGAGUUGAACUGGGCAAGCAACUUGCCAAGAUCAUCCAGCCGGAGCUGCGCGGCGACACCCCAGUCACAAGCCACGACGCCUCCACCAAUGGACUGAUCAACCACAUCAAGGCCAGCCGCCUGUGACGGGGCGGGCCCGCAUCUCAAGAUGACGUCGUCAAGGACGACGACGACAAAAACGCAACAACGGACAGUGAAGUUGGGGUCAGUCAGAGGGGUAGCGAGGUCAAAGGUCCUCGGUUCAGGAGCAAGGAGGUCAAAUUUCAAGAGGGUCAGGAAGUCAUCCCUAGAACCAAGCGUAGUCACAGAGGUAACAAGUCCGGUACGUGUUUGCUCAUCUAAAGAUAGCGGGCGUGUCAUUUUUGUUUGUGAUUUUCUUUAAUGCUGAUUAUGGCAGAGUUGGAAUUGAGGUAUCGCAAGUCAUCUAAAGUUUACACAAGUCAGUUUGAGGUCGAUCACAAGUCAUCAAGACUCAAGUUAAGCAACACAAGCAGGACUUUUCUUUUUUCUUCAGACUUUUGUCGGAAAUAAGCCCUUUUGAAUCUAAGAGAAAGACGUUAUCAAUAUCAGUAAAGAAAGAAAUGCAUCUUUCAAACCUUCCCUCAAAUUUUCUGACCUUAUUUUUAGCUGUGUCAUCAUGGAGUCACUGGGGUCAAAAAGCUGAUUUUUUUUACUCAAAACGCUACUCCUUCCAGAAAUUACAUGGCACAGUCACGUGACUCGUUCAUGAACACGGAUUCGUUGGCCCGCAGCUUCUGAGAUCCGAUCGAGCUUGUUUUUUAUUGACAAUCUCAUCUUUAGUGACAAAGAAUUUCAAAAAAAUUGUGAUAUUCUUUAGUCAUUAUUCAUGCCCUGUUGCUUGUGACUUGAAUUUGACUUGUGACUGACUUGUGAUUGGCUUGUGAUUGACUUUUGAUUGACUUAUGAUUUGCGAUUACAACUCUCCAGUUCUGUUCAUUUUGAGUUGUUAAAAGUUGCUAUUUAGUAUUACUCAGUGAAAUUUAAUUUCAAUGCAAUUUUAUGUGGAGUGCUGUUUGAUUUAUGUUAGAUGUAAAACCUGGGCUUUCUUAUGUUAAUCAAGCUAUGCGAGUUAGAUACAUGUAACUAAACUUUUAUAUUUGAAGCCAUCCACCGUUUUUCCUAGUCUGUGGAAUAUCCCCUUGCACAGCAAGGGUCUAUGAUAUGCGAGCAGAUUCGGCGAUUAAUUAUGCAAAACAAGACUGCGUCUUGACCAUGAGAUUCACUGACCAUUCAAGCAGACGCCUUCUAUCAGGUCUUUCGUAACCCUUUGUUGUAUGACAAAAACAUGCCAUCCAAAUCGACCAAUCCACAGCUUAGUCCACAUUUCUGAUCAAAAUGACGUCACAGUUUCUAAAGACCACUCCAAUUGGCUGGCGUUCAUGCCCACGUGAAUGUCUGAUCGUCAAGCUACCUUUUUUUCCCAAUCAUGCUUACAACUUUAGAAAUCUGCUAAGCAUUGAAACUACUUGCUUACCGGUUACCACCCAAAAUGUCAUGCAAUGCACAUUGCUUGUAACUGGUCCCUUGCUGAUUUUCGCUUAGCACAUAAAUUUGCCAAGCUAAAUUUGUUGUUUAGCAGCGCAGUGAAAAUAUGGCCCUGAAGUCCGUGUCACCUACUGUGGCUUAUAUCUUGUGAAAUAAUUUGGUAACUUUGUAACAGUAACAGCUUGAUAGUGAAAUGGUUAAAUUAAACCACAACUUUUUAAGAUGAUUUUCAGAUGGUUUGGGGGAAUUAAGAUUAGGAAAAAUAAUUUUACAUUGUUUAUGCCUAGAUUUAUUUGUGUGCAAAUUUUACCGUUAUAUUGAUAUCAAGUGUGGUGUUUGGAUAAAUUUAUGUUUACAUUUGUGUUUCUGAAUAUAUUUGUGUAUCACAGCUCUCGUUCAAAUUUUAUUUGCUAAUUAGCGUGGGCUUUUUCUUUUCAUUUUGAAAUUGAAAAAGGAGGAUCUAUGUAUUGUGUUGUUUCCACAUCAUUAUGAAUCAAGAGCAGAAAUGUGGAGUUAUAUUGAUGUUGAAAUUUGUUUUCUGAUUUGGCAGUAACGUAUUUGUUUUCAUUUUGCUGUCGUGAAUUUGUCCGAAUAUCUUGAAGAGUCAUUCACUUACCAGACUAAAAACCUCUGUCUUCUGCAAUAAACUUUAGAUCUUAAACCUUUUCCUUAAAAAAAAAAUAAUAAAGUACUAUAUGAGAGUGAA